AUGGUGACUUUUAGCGAUUCAGAUCAUUUUUGGAAAGGUGGCCAAACGCUUAAAGUGCCUAUGGAAUUAUUUAAAGAAAAUCGUCAACGUUUAUGUGAAAUAUUACGCUGUCAUCGAACAUUACCACCAGAUUCAUUUGUUCUUUUACAAGGUGGUAAAAGUGAAAUGCGUUAUUGUAGUGAUCAUGAACCAUUAUUUCGUCAAGAAUCUUAUUUCCAUUGGGCAUUCGGUGUUAUAGAACCAGAUUUUUAUGGUGCAAUCAAUGUUCAAAAUAAUGAAUCCAUAUUAUUUAUUCCACGUUUGCCACCAUCCUAUGUUGCUUGGAUGGGUAAAAUCAAGGAAACUGAUGAAUUUAAAAAAAUCUAUCAUGUUGAUCAUGUUUACUAUGCUGAUGAGUUAGAAAAAGUCUUUAGUGAUUUAGUUGGUGCAUCAAAAUUAAUUCUUGUGCUAAAUGGCUUAAAUACUGAUAGUGGAACAGAAUCAAAGGCUGCUCAUUUUGAUGGCAUUGAAAAAUUUCAUGUUGAUAAAACAACAUUACAUCCAGUUAUUAGUGAAUGCCGAGUUUUGAAAACAGAUUUAGAAUUGAAUGUUAUGAGAUACACCAAUAAGAUGAGCUCUGAAGCACAUAAAUUUGUUAUGCUCAAUAUUAAGGAUGGCAUGUACGAGUAUGAACUGGAAUCAUUAUUUCAAUAUUAUUGUCAUCGUUAUGGUGCUAUGCGUCAUAUGUCUUAUACUUGUAUAUGUGCUACUGGCGAAAAUCCUGCUGUACUUCAUUAUGGUCAUGCCGGUGCACCGAACGAUCGUCGAUUAACAGCGAAUGAUAUGUGUUUGUUUGAUAUGGGCGGUGAAUAUUGUUGCUAUGCAUCUGAUAUAACAUGUUCAUUUCCAGUGUCGGGUACGUUUACCAAAGAACAACGAAUUAUUUACGAAGCCGUUCUUGAUGCUAAUCGUCAAGUAAUGAAAAGUGUUCAGCCCAAUGUUUCUUGGAUUGAUAUGCAUCUAUUAGCUGAACGUACACAACUUGAACAUUUAAAAUUAGCUGGACUUGUGCAAGGUGAUAUAGAAGAAAUGAUGGAUACUCGAUUAGGUGCUAUAUUUAUGCCACAUGGUCUUGGGCAUAUGCUUGGCAUUGAUACACACGAUGUUGGUGGUUAUCUUGAACCUCAUACACGUUCGACAUUACCUGGAUUAAAAUCUUUACGAACAAAUCGUCUAUUAAAAGAACGUAUGUGUCUAACAAUUGAGCCAGGCAUUUAUUUUAAUCAAGCAUUAUUAAAUGAUGCGUACAAAAAUGAACAACUAAGUAAAUUUUUAAAUAAGACAGAAAUUGAUAAAUAUUUACAUAUUGGGGGUGUACGAAUCGAAGAUAAUAUUUUUAUAACAAAAGAUGGAUGCGAAUUGUUAACAAAAGUUCCACGUACCUGUGAGGAAAUUGAAGAAUGGAUGAAAAAUAAUAAAAAGCAAUCUAAUGACAAUGUUGAUUAUGAAUUAUUUGAUGAAUUAAAUAAAAAAUAUCAAUAUGAAAAUCAGUACUUAUCCAUAAAAACGAGCAAUUAA